GGCGGGCCGUGCCGUGCUGUGCCAUGCGGGGCCGGGAAGACGGUGCCGGGCAGACGGCGCCGGGCCGAGGCGGCGGCAGCAGCAUGUGAGCGGGCUGCGACCCCAGAGCGCGGAGCGACCGACGGCCGGCGCCGGCUCCAUCUCCAUCAUCAUGGGGCUCGCCCUGCUCCUGGGGCUGCUCCUCUCCCGAGCCGGACACCUCCUGGCUCUGCCAAGGAGCGACUGCAUCGCAGCAGAACAGCAGUGCCUCUCCGACUCUACCUGCAACGCAACCUACCGGAUCCUGGAAAACUGCGCCCUGGCCAAGACUCGCCUCCUUCCCCUGGACCAUGACAGCAGGGUCAGGUGUCUGAACGCGGAACUGGACCUCGGGAACAGCUCUUUGCUGCACUGCAGGUGUCACCGGCGCAUGAAGAGACAGGAGCACUGCUUACGCAUUUUCUGGACCGUUCACUCCAGCGUGACAGAUGGUUAUGUCAAUUUGGAGACCUCUCCCUAUGAGAAUCCAGCAAGUGAAGAACACUGGAAGACAGAUUAUAAUAAACUGGCAGCUCUGUUAUCAGGCUCACAGUUAGCAGGAGAUGCAACAAAUCCAUGCCUGAAAGCAACUCACGUCUGUAACCUGAGCAAGAAGUGUGUUCGUCUGCGCACAGACUACGCCUCCAUCUGCACCAGGGGAGCAGGAAGCGAGGACACGUGUGACCGCCGCAAAUGCCACAGAGGGCUAAGGAAUUUCUUUGAGAAAGUCCCUGAGGAUUUCACCAAAAGGAUUCUAUUCUGUCCAUGUCAAGAUGAACUUUGUGGAGAACGACGCCGGAAAACUAUUGUUCCCGAUUGUUCCUUCCAGUACAACACCAAGCCCAACUGCCUCUGGCUUCUGGACUCCUGCUUAGAAGACCAUAUUUGCAAAUCCCGGCUGGCUGACUUCCAGCAGAAUUGUCAACCUGCAGACACGUCUCCAGAUGGUUGCUCGCAGCACAACCACGCUGCGUGCCUGCAGGCUUACAUGGGGAUGAUCGGCACACCCAUGACACCCAACUACGUCAGUAACUCCAGCGUGGAGAUCUCCCUGUGGUGCACAUGUGAGAGCAGUGGCAACCAGAAGGAGAAGUGUGACCAGAUACUCGGCAUGUUUGAGAACAACAAAUGCCUUGAAAAUACCAUUUGGUCUCAAAUGCACCUGAAGCAGACAGCUCUAGAAAGACAGGAAGACUUAUUUUAUUCAUCUUCCCUAAGCUUCCAAGGAGACAGUGCCAGCACAGCUCUUGCUUCAGAGAUGUCCCAGGUGGCUGAAGGGAAGACACAGCGAGACAUGUCCGAACACAGCAGUAUGCCCAUGGCCUCCUCUGUAUAUUCUGGAGCUGCUGUUUCUUGGCCGUCUCUGACUCUGUUCCUGCCCCUGUUGCUGAGCCCACAUUAACUUGGGUAAAUGGCAUCUUUCCUUCCCAUAUUAUUAAUCAAAUUCCAUAUCCAGGCAUCUCCCACUACUCCAGGCACCUCCCACUACUGAUUUACCUUUGGGAAACAGGCGGCUUCCAGAGAAAGAGGAAUGGAACAGCCUUAACCCAGAACAACAGUCACUUAAAUCCUCCCCCCAACUUUCACCCCACUUUCCCCCAGUCAGUUUGCACCGAGCUCUGCAGAUACAGUGCCCACCAUUGUAUCGCUUCUGCCAUGUUAGCAUUUUGAGUAACAGUCAGGCUAAUAUUCCAGUGCAAUAUGUUAAAACAAAGGUCUGAGUUCUGUCAGAACUUGUGCAGGGUUCAGUUUCUCACUGCAGAGAGGGACCUGACACAGUGUGUCCUACCACCCCAGCUUCUGGAGCUCUUCUUCAGGCAUACAAUCAUAGGAUAAUUUGGGUUGGAGGGGACCUUUAAAGCUCAUCCCGUGCCACCCCCUGCCCUGGGCAGGGACACCUCCCACCAGCCCAGGUUGCUCCAAGCCCCGUCCAACCUGGCCUUGAACCCCUCCAGGGAUGGGGCAGCCACAGCUUCUCUGGGCAACCUGGGCCAGAGGCUCACUGCCCUCAUUGUAAAAAAUUUCAUCCUUAUGGCCAGUCUAAACCUACGCUUCUUCACUUUAAAACUGUUACCCUUCAUCCUGUCGCUACAGACCCUGGUCAAAAGUCUCUUGUCUUUCUCAUGAUCCCCCUUUAUAUAUUCAAAGGCCACAAUAAGGUCUCCCCGGAGCCUUCUCUUCCCCAGUCUGAAUCAAGCCAACUGUCUCAGCCUUUCUUCAUUGGAGAGGUGUUCCAGUCCUCCCAUCAUUUUUGUGGCCCUCUUCUGGACCCAAUUCAACAUGUCCAUGUCUGUCUUGCACUGGGCACCCCAGACCUGGACGCCGGACUCCAGGUGUGGGGGGGUAGGGUAGGGUAGGGUAGAGGGGCAGAAUCACCUCCCUCGCCCUGCUGGCCAUGCUUCUUUUGAUGCAGCCCAGGAUACAAUAUGGUUUUCUGGGCUGCAAACACACAUUGCUGGUUCGUGUCCAAUUUUUCAGUGCCCGGUACCCCCAGGUCCUUUUCUGCAGGGCUGCUCUCAGUCCAUUCCUUCCCUAGUCUAUAUUGAUACUAGGGGUUGUCCCAACACAGGUGCAUGACCUUGCACUUGGCCGUGUUGAACUUCAUGAGGUUCACGUGGGUCCACUCCUCAAGCCUGUCAAGGCGUAGAAUACAGCGAACCAUCCUAAAGACUACAAGUCUGCGCUCCAGUGUGGGUUGCAAAUUAAGCUCAAUAAACAUUCCAGUUUAAGGACACUAUACUACAAUUUAUACUCUUGCUCCUUUCUGUUUUGCCCCUUGCAACAAACAUACAUAUAUAUAUACGUGUAGGUAUAAUCCAUUAUCAUGGCUAGCAACUGACUUGGGUUUUGUGGGUAAAGAUGGAUUUCUGUGCUAAACCCCAGUAAAUUUAGUCUUAACUAGCAAAGGAUGGCCUUCCCUGGACUCAGGACGAACCUUCUUAGUAACACUUAGAGAAUACGUAUAGCUCAUUGGAGUUGUAUUGACCACAAAACCCCUGGGACAUUCAGUUGCAAAAAUCUCUGGAAGCUGCAGCUACCUUGUACCUCUCCACGUACCCAAGUUGUCAUUGUCCAUCCCACGCUGCCUGCCCAAUCUCCUCCUCCUCUGCCAAGCUCUAUUUCAUGACCUGUUUAUUCCGAGUGUAAAUGUGUGCACUGUGUAACUGCUGUUAUUUUGUACUGCAUUUGCCUGUUAAAAUGUGGUGUUAAGUGAAUAUUGAUUUCUGGGCCUAGGUUAAUAGUCCACAAUCAAUUGCGUGCAAGAGUUGCCUCAUCAGCCAGCCCAGGCUUUCAGGGGAGCAGCUGAAAGCGGCUCCUCUGCACACGUGUAGUGCCCCUUGCUCACGCUAUGAGAUACAACAGACCUGCGCGAGACCGUACACAGCCAAACAAUAUUACAGUCCUGCAUAGAUGCAGAAUGGGUGGGUAUUUCUUUUUACCCUGUGCUUUCCCUGUUGCCAGGGGAGCACCAGCUGGGUAAAUGUCCUUCUGCGGUGGCAAUAUUUCCAUUUCAAAUUCCAGCCUUGUCUUUAUGUCCUGGGCAGGCAGGGCAAGGAAAUCACUGUAUGGAGCAGAACCGUCUCCUCUGUUGCACAGAGAAGCAACAUCUUAUUUCCAUGCAGUAGGAACAAAUAUCAUGUCUUUAUUAAUAAAGAGGAAUACGAAUGCUCAUAAUUACCUACUGAAAUACGGCUAGUUGGAUCAAGAGACAGCACCGUUUCCACGUUUGCUAACACUCUGAAAUGGAAACAGAGUCCAUGUUACCAUAUUCUAACAUCUACAUUAGACCAUCCUUCUUACAGUGGGACUAGAAAUGUGUCAAGACUCCUGACUGGAGUGUAGUAGCACCUGUCAUCUCCAGAAUUUAGUGGAGAGUGACAGCGAAGAAGAAAAUGUUUUUCUUUUCACUAUUCCACAAACCAGUGACGAUAUCUGUGAGAAUAAUGGAGUAGAUGUCCCUGAGCCGCCUGUACCACACACACGGAGUACUGCAUCCAUCUUCCACUCGUCUGCACUGUGAGCUUUGCUCUUUCCCCACUUUAGUGCUCUAAGACAGGUUGAUAUGGAAAAAGGUAUUAGUGUUUUGUUGUUCAUAUUCCUGGCACUGUGGACCUUUAGCCCCAUACCCCUAAGAAGGUUAUUGAUUGCAGUUCCAGCCUCCUGUCAUGUCCUGGAUUACACAGGAAAACAGAUGACACUCAGACAAAUCCUGCUCUAGACUGAAAUUAAAGCAAAACAUGUCAGUUUGGGUUUUUCUGCAAGUGUCCCGUGUCCCUUUUGCAUGUACGUAUGCACCUUUAUAUACACGGCUGCCUCUUUGUUCAUCAGUAACUGCAAAGAAAAUUCCCCUCUAAAGACACCUGCGUUCACAGGUACUCACACUGCUCUGAGUACAAACCCAGUUUCACUUAGACUUUUUUGACACCUGAUCUCCAAAUAUCACAGUUAUUCGACUACGCAGCACACAUGCACGCACAAGUAUAACUGCUACUAAGAAACGUCUUGCCAAUAUCAGUAUCAGCUCAGUUCUGUUAGUGCCACUGACGAUCAGAGACUGGCACGGUUACCUAGACCCGUUCAGAACAGUUCUUACGAACCCUACGACUGUGCAACUCACAGAAACCCCUCGGCUUCUAUUCCCCAGAAACUGGAAUACAACAUCCCGUGAGUACCUUUGGUCUAAAUACAAAAACAACCUAAUAGAAAUUCUCUACCCGACAGUCUUAACAUUGAGCUCUCAGCAAGCAUAUAAAAGGAGGGAACCUUCUAGUUGUAAUGUAGAUUAUUUUUAAAAGUGUAAAAUAAUGCCAAAUCUCACUAAUAAA